CCUGACCAGCAUCGUCAGGUCGUUUCCCAGAAAGCUACUGUAACUGACCCACACCUCCAGUCUGAGGUAAGACGGGCAGAAUACAGACGUGGAGACCGAGGGACGCUUUGAGGAACUAACCUUACAGAGAGGAAGACGUGGAGCGGUUGCGUGAACCAACUUGUCGCCCACCUUUUGCGAAAUUGUGGACAUUCCGUCUGCAAGAGGACAGAAAAGAUGUGAAGGUGGUUGGAUGACUUGUCUUUCUCCUGAGUGCCGUGUCUCUUCUCUGGAGCAGGAGAUCAGUGCAGAGCAGCGUCCUGUCCGGCGGGGGGGCUCCUCUGUGCCUUUGUUCCCUGGAUGAGGUAGAAGAAGGAAGGAAGGAAGGGAGGAAGGAACAGAGGUGUAUUUUUACUCCAAGUUUGAGAAAGUGAACAGUAGCCCUAGUUUUAUUUUCCUUGACUUCAUCUUGUGGCACACCAGAGGUCUGGACACAGCAUGGACUGCCUGGCCGCCCGUUACCGGAGGUGCCGCCUGAGACACGCUGCCUCUGCGAGGAAAGGGAAAGCUGCGUGUUUCCAGUCGAAGAGCGCUGACGAGGAGGCGUGUGUGGCCGUGAAGAUCGAACACUCCAGAGCUCUCGGCAGUAGUCCGGCGGGCGAUCGCAGCAGCGCACCCAGCGUGCAGGCGUGUCUGAAUCGGGCCAGCCGUGGGACGAACAACAAGAGCAGGGGGGGAGUCAAUGGAAGAGCCCCCAGCGGCAGGCCUCGGCUGCAGUCUAAACCAGAAGUGCCUCCAAAGCCACUGCACCUUCAGAGCCCAGUGACGGACCUCUCAUCCCCACUGGGCCGCACCAAGAAACCAUCACUUAGACGGGGCAUGGAGGAGGGAGGCGGAGGAAGAGGAGGAGGAGGAGGAGGAGGAGGAGGAGGAGGAGGAGGAGGAGGAAAGACGGCAGUGAGCCGGGAGAGGGCCAAAGAGAAACAUUCCAAAGUCUCAGACCUGAUCAGUCGCUUUGAGGAGAACAGCAGCACAGAGAACAAGAGAGACAGCUCGCCGCACAAACCUGUCAGCAAGUCGACCAGCUGCAGCCCGGCCCACCGGCCCAGCCCGAAGCCGACGGAGAGCGACAGGAACCAGGAGAACCGCCCCCCCGCUGUCAAGGAUGAGCACAAGCCGGCGGCCAACGGGGUGGUAGCGCAGAUGGAGCCGGAGAAGGAGAAGGAGAAGGAGGAUAAAAAGCAGCAAGAGAACGGAGGCGUGCGGAUAGAGACCGCCGGGCUGGUCAAUGGAGAUAUGGGGGACGGGGGAGCAGAGCAGGACGAGGAGCAUUCAGCUCCACAGACGGUGAGGACCGAUGGAGAGACCGAGGAGGAGAAGGACAGUGGGACCGCGACAGAGAGCGAGCACAGGAGUGAAGAGGGGAGCGCAGACCAGAAGGAGACGAAUGAACAGAAGCUGUUUAAGAUCGCCAGCGAGCUGCUGCAGACAGAGAAGGCCUAUGUAGCCCGGCUGAACCUGCUGGACCAGGAGUUCUGCACUAAGCUGAUGGAGGAGGCCAACAAGGGAACGUUCCCGGUGGACGUGGUGAAGAACAUCUUCUCCAACAUCUCCUCCAUCCACACCUUCCACAGCCAGUUCCUGCUCCCGGACCUGGAGAAACGCAUGGGAGAAUGGGCGUCCAAACCUCGCAUCGGGGACAUCCUGCAGAAACUCACACCCUUCCUCAAGAUGUACGCCGAGUACGUGAAGAACUUCGACAAGGCCAUGGAGCUGCUGAAGCAAUGGACCGACCGGUCUCCUCAGUUCAAGUCCAUCAUCCAGGAGAUACAGACCCAGGAGGCGUGUGGCAGCCUGACGCUGCAGCAUCACAUGCUGGAGCCGGUGCAGCGAGUCCCUCGAUAUGAGAUGCUGCUUAAAGACUAUCUGAAGAAGCUGCCUGAGGACGACCCUGACCGACGAGACUCAGAGAAAUCGUUAGAGAUCAUCGCCACAGCAGCGACUCACUCCAACAGCGCCAUACGGAAAUCUGAUAAUCUGAAGAAACUGUUGGAGAUCUACGAGCUGCUGGGAGAGGAGGAGGACAUCGUUCACCCGUCCAACGAGUUCAUCAAGGAGGGCCACAUCCUGAAGCUGGCCGCCAGGAACACGUCGGCCAUGGAGAGAUACCUCUACCUGUUCAACAACAUGCUGCUGUACUGCGUGCCCAAGUUCAGCCUGGGAGGACCCAAGUACACGGUGAGGACGCGAAUCGGCGUGGACGGCAUGCAGGUCCUGGAGACACACAACGAGGACUACCCUCACACCUUCCAGGUGUCGGGGAAGGAGCGGCUGCUGGAGCUUCAGGCCAGCUCCGAACAAGACAAGACGGCCUGGGUCAAGGCUUUCAGGAAGACCAUUGAGAUCUUCCAGCAGAAGAACGAGUCCUUCAAGAACGCAUUGAAAGACGUGGAGGAAGUGUCGAAAAAGGAGCUGGGGAAGCGCGCCCCUCGAUGGAUCCGUGACAAUGAAGUGACGAUGUGCAUGAUGUGUAAAGAGCCGUUCAACGCUCUGACACGGAGGAGACACCACUGCAGAGCCUGUGGAUAUGUUGUUUGCUAUAAAUGUUCCGACAACAAGGUGCAGCUCGAGUACGACGGCAACAAGACGAACAAAGUCUGCAAGGACUGUUUCUCCAUCCUGAAGGGAGAGACGCUGGCUGAGGGGAAGAAGAAGGGAAUACUGGAGAUCGAGGCCGCUCAGUUCUCCGGCAGCAGCAUCAUGUGUGGCUUCCUGCAGUACUGCGAGAAGAACAAGCCCUGGCAGAAGGUCUGGUGCGUGAUCCCUGAGAAGGAAAGUCUGGUGCUCUACCUCUACGGAGCUCCACAGGACGUGAAGGCCCAGUGCACGAUCCCCCUCCUGGGUUACUCCGUGGACGACAGCGUCCGGCCCACAGACACGCCGGCCAGCUUCCGGCUCUCCCAGUCCAAGUCCGUCCACAACUUCUCGGCCGAAACCGAGGACCUCAAGCAGCGCUGGCUCAAGGUCAUCCGGGUGGCGGUGACGGGAGAGGUGCCAGAGUGCCCCCCCACCAACGGCACCAGCGUGACGGAGGACAGCAGCACCCAGGAGGCGUCGACCGACAGCUCAUAGAGGCCUUUCCCUGUGAGGGGACAGCUGUCGGACUUCUGCCGAGACGGGAUGAGAGCGGGUGCGUCUCCACGGCGUCUUGGAAUCUGACUUCUAAAGAUUAAGUGGACAAACAGAAAUCAGUGCUGGAUCAGCUGCCUGCUCCUCGAAGCUCUCCUGUUUCCCCGGUUUCCUCCUGGAUGUUUUCUCCUGAACUUCAGAGCUGUGCUGGAGAACUAAAGGAUCUCUGGUACAAUCAACACUAGAGUGGAGGAGAUACUUGGAAGUCCCUGAGACUCACACUGUUAAGUAAGAACAGCUUAAACUCGACAGUCUUCAUGGACCUCGGCCAAAUCCUCCUGAGCCAGAGGACGACAGCACGUGAAUCGAAGCCGGAAGACGGUUCAAACUCUGUCUGCUGGUGCUGUGACUCAGCUGUGUACAUGUAUAGUAUAAAUGUUUUUGUUUUUUGAAAAGGAACACGUGUUUUUAAUGUAUAGAAUCAGAAAAGCCAUCUAUGUAUGACAUUAAUCAUUCUCAGUAUUCUGCCCCUUUUUUCUUUGCUAAAGACGAUGGUUUAAAAAGUGAGAACAUGACCGUGUGCUGGAGAUAAAAGAUAAUUUCUCUCUUCACUCAGUCGAAUCACACUCGGGAUGAGCUGAUGUGUCUGUCUGCUCUGAAGCUGGAUGCAUCCAUUCUACGAAUUUGCUAAUUAAACCAGUUUUUGAAUACAUAGAUAUAUAGACAGAUAGAUAAGAGCAGGAAUAAAUCGAUUUUUUAAUAUAUUCAAGCGAAAGAACCACAUCAACUUUUCUACUUCAGUAAAAGACUUGCUUUUAAAUAUACUUAAAAGUACUGUAUCCUGUUCCCUAAUGAAGAGGUCUACUACAUCCUUAUGUCUGAGUCUGGGCCAUUCAAUCAACCUGCACUAAACUGCUGAGACUGUAUAUAGAUACCAGUCGUCUUAAUGUGCCUGAGAUAACGCCCCUUGUAGAAUCUUAUGUCACAGAAAGUGCUUCAACAUCUUAAAGUUGAUAGUUCCUCCCUGACCCUUCAACCAAGAACUGUGGAAAUCUGUUCAGUAGUUUCUGUUUUGUCUUGUUUACAACAAACAAACUGACAGGAGAGAAAAAACAACCUUGUUGACGGAGGUACAUGUAAAUGUGAAAGUGAGAAGUGAGAUAAAUCUACUUAGGUUCACAUAUAGAAUGUAGAAAGUUACUUUCCCACCACUGGCAACUCAAAAGCUAAAACAAUUUUUACAGCUUGAGCUGGAAUGUCCCUUUAAAAUAAUAGUUUCAAUAUUAAAGACAAUGGUGUAAAUAGAAAAAUCUUAAUUAAUUAAUUGUGUUUUACCAGUGGUUGCCCCCCCACAGUCUGAGCAGUGCAGUUUUUAUUUAUAUAUCAUAGAAAGUGAUGGAUGAUAAACCUGAAGCCGUCGUCCAGCUCCACAGCAGCAGACCUCAGGUCAGGUGGAGAGAGAUUCUCUUCACAUGCAGCACAAUCUCAGACAGUGAACAAGCUGCCGCGGGAGAAAUGUAAAUGUAUUUUUUAAUGCUGUAAUUAUUAUUUAAAAAAAAAGUAAUUUAUAGAGAAUGACGAGCAUGCUCUGUUGAUAGUAGCACAACAUUUGAUCCCUCGCUGUCCACACAGAAGAAGAAGAAGAAGAAGAAGAAGUAGGCAGAUGUUUAGUUUUUUUCUAUGAGCAGAUGUAUUUCCACUAACUCUACAAACGCAUCACCUCGGUUCUUCGGUGGGACAACAACCAGUCGCAGCGCUGGAAGGACCAAAGGGGGAAAUGUGCCUAUAAUCUCCACAGUGAGCUUCUUCAUUCACAACAUCCUCUUGUACUCGAUGCUGUCGCUCGGCCCCCUGAACUCUUCCUCCUCCUCCUCCUCAGUAUUCAAAAAAAGGAAAAACCAAGAGCACAAAACACCCCCCUCUGUUGGAUCUGAAUGUACAUCCUGAUUUAAAUGUCCCUUCUUCUCCUCCCCCCUCAAAGGAUUGAGAAUCUACGCACUUUACAGUCCUAUAAAGUGUCCCUUCAAAGAAAUAAAACAGCUUAAUGAAAUAUAA